ACUUGCAGUCAAUUGUUUUACAAAAGAUCUACUAAUUUUUUUAGUCUUAUUAGAUAUUCCGUGCUUCCACUCCAAUCCCACAUCAUUUGUGCUCUAUGCAAAAUAAUGGCUCUAACUUUAGUCAUGUUUCUUCUCAGCCUUGUUUCACAAACCAUGGUGUCCAUGAUGCCAGGAACAGUUGGUCACGCUUUGAGUGCAGAGAGUGAUAAGGUGGCUUUACUUGCUCUGAAGCAAAAGCUUACCAAUGGAGUGUUUGAUGCUCUUCCAUCAUGGAACGAGUCUUUGCAUUUGUGUGAGUGGCAGGGUGUUACAUGCGGCCACCGCCACAUGAGAGUCACUGUAUUGCGCUUGGAAAAUCAAAACUGGGGUGGUACUCUUGGACCAUCCUUGGCAAAUCUAACCUUCCUCCGAAAGCUCAUUCUUUCCAACAUCGACUUGCAUGCCCAAAUUCCUACGCAAAUUGGUCGACUAAAGAUGCUGCAGGUUCUUGACUUGAGCCACAACAAUCUCCAUGGUCAGAUUCCUAUACAACUUACUAACUGCUCUAAACUUGAGGUAAUUAACUUGUUGUACAAUAAACUCACCGGAAAACUUCCCUCGUGGUUCGGAACUGGAUCCAUCACAAAGCUUAGGAAGUUGCUUCUCGGUGCCAAUGAUCUAGUUGGUACUAUAACACCUUCCUUGGGGAAUCUUUCAUCCCUCCAAAAUAUUACACUUGCACGAAAUCAUUUGGAAGGAACUAUACCUCAUGCUUUGGGUCGGUUAUCAAAUUUGAAAGAGUUGAAUCUUGGUUUAAAUCAUUUGUCGGGAGUAGUCCCUGAUUCCCUUUACAACCUUUCCAAUAUUCAAAUUUUUGUUCUCGCAAAAAACCAGUUAUGUGGUACUCUUCCAUCAAACAUGCAACUUGCUUUUCCAAAUCUUCGAGAUUUCUUGGUUGGAGGUAACAACUUCAAUGGAAGUUUCCCGUCUUCAAUAUCCAACAUCACCGGAUUGCACGUGUUUGAUAUCUCCUUAAAUGGUUUUAGCGGAUCAAUUCCUCCCACUUUGGGAAGCUUAAACAAACUAACGAGGUUUCACAUUGCUUAUAAUAGUUUUGGAAGUGGGAGAGCUCAGGAUUUGGAUUUCCUUUCCUCAUUAACCAAUUGUACUCAAUUGCACAAACUUAUUUUGGAGGGCAAUCAAUUUGGUGGUGUGUUGCCAGAUCUUAUUGGAAACUUUUCUGCCAAUCUCACUUUGCUUGAUAUUGGAAAAAAUCAAAUAUCUGGAAUGAUACCCGAAGGAAUUGGAAAGCUAAUCGGUUUAACUGAGUUCACUAUGGUAGAUAAUUACCUAGAGGGAACUAUUCCAGGUUCAAUUGGAAAGCUUAAAAAUCUAGUAAGAUUCGCCCUGGAAGGAAACUAUUUGUCUGGUAAUAUUCCUACCGCCAUUGGCAAUCUUACUAUGUUGUCUGAACUUUAUCUGCGCACAAAUAAUCUCGAAGGAAGCAUUCCUUUAAGCCUUAAAUACUGCACCCGCAUGCAGUCAGUUGGUGUUGCUGACAACAACUUGAGUGGUGAUAUCCCUAAUCAAACAUUUGGCAAUCUAGAAGGCUUGAUAAAUCUUGACUUGUCCAACAACUCUUUCACUGGUUCCAUUCCUUUAGAGUUUGGAAACUUGAAGCACCUUUCCAUAUUAUAUUUAAAUGAAAACAAGUUGUCUGGUGAAAUUCCCCCAGAACUUAGCACUUGUUCCAUGUUAACAGAGCUCGUGCUGGAGAGAAACUACUUCCAUGGAAGCAUACCUUCGUUCUUGGGCUCUUUCAGAUCCCUCGAAAUCCUAGACCUUUCUAACAAUGACUUCUCGAGCACAAUCCCUGGUGAACUUCAAAAUCUGACUCUUUUGAAUACUUUGAACUUGUCUUUUAACCAUCUUUAUGGUGAAGUUCCUAUAGGAGGUGUCUUUAAUAACUUAACAGCAGUUUCACUCAUUAGAAAUAAGGAUCUCUGUGGGGGGAUACCUCAACUGAAGCUCCCAACUUGCUCUGGGUUGCCGUCAAAGAAACACAAGUGGUCUAUUACAAAGAAACCCAUUGUCAUCAUUGUAAUUGGAGUUGGAGGGGGUUUGGUCAGUUUCAUAAUAUUCAUCAGCAUCUAUUUGUUCUGGAAAAAGCCCAAAAUAUUUUUUUCUUCAUCACAGUCUCUGCAAAAUAUGUACUUGAAGGUUUCUUAUGCAGAGCUGCAUGAAGCUACCAAAGGAUUUUCUUCAUCCAAUUUAGUAGGUACCGGAAGCUUUGGUUCUGUGUAUAAAGGAUCUCUUCUCCAUUUUGAAAGUCUUGUUGCUGUAAAGGUGUUGAACCUUGAAACUUUUGGGGCAUCAAAGAGUUUCGCAGCUGAAUGCAAGGCUCUAGGAAAGAUCAUGCACAAUAAUGUUCUCAAGAUCCUGACAUUUUGUUCAAGUGUUGAUUAUAAUGGGGAUGAUUUCAAGGCUAUAGUUUUUGAGUUCAUGCCUAAUGGGAGUCUAGAUAGUUUGCUGCACGGCAAUGAAGAGCUCGAGUCUGGAAAUUUCAAUCUCAACCUUCAACUUUUGCUAAAUAUUGCUCUUGAUGUUGCUAAUGCAUUGGAAUAUCUUCAUCAUGUUUCUGAGCAAGCUGUAGUCCACUGUGAUAUUAAGCCAAGCAACAUUCUUCUUGAUGAUGACUUUGUUGCUCACUUGGGUGAUUUUGGGUUAGCGAGGCUCUUUCAUGUGCUCACGGAACAUUCCAGCAGAGAUCAGAUUAGUUCGUCUGCAAUUAAAGGAACCAUUGGAUAUGUUCCCCCUGAAUACGGAGCAGGUGUACGAGUAUCACCAAAAGGAGAUAUCUACAGCUACGGAAUUCUUCUGUUGGAGAUGCUGACGGGAAUGAGACCAACAGAUAACAUGUUUGGUGAGGGUCUUAGCCUACACAAAUUCUGUCAGAUGGCAAUUCCAGAAGAAAUAACUGAGAUAGUAGAUUCACGUUUGCUUGUGCCAAUUAAUAAAGAAGGAACAAGGGUCAUUGAAACCAACAUCAGGGAGUGUCUGGUGGCCUUUGCUAGGAUUGGAGUUUCAUGUUCUGCAGAAUUGCCCGUUCCGCGAAUGGACAUAAAAGAUGUGAUAAUGGAGUUGGAAGCAAUCAAACAGAAGCUUCCCCAGUAGGUACCAUUUUUGGGAUCAGCAAUUAACUGGGUUUGCCUGUAAGCUGGACAAGUCUUGCAUCCAUCACUUGUUUUGCUUUUUUUUUUUUUUUUUACAUUUACCGUCCUUUGAACUCCAUCAAUUCCUUAGUGAUGUAACAGUCUUUGUAGACUACUACGUGAGCCUAUCUCUCGCAUGGAAGCGAUGAGAAAAUAAUAGACAAUAAGUCACAAACAAUCUAGUGUGAAUGAUUUCCCGCAAGGCAGUGACUGUCAUUGCAUUGAUUUGAGAAGGUGCAUCCCUUCCUUGUCCAAUAUCAAACUCCACCACACAUCUGAUUGCAAAUGCAGCCUCCAUUAGAUUGUGCUUGUAACAUUCUGAAGCCACGGGGAAAAAGAUGUUUUCCUAAUCCGAUUGCAGAUUUGCAAACCAAAGUACCAUGUUAUAAGUAGAUACAAAUUGUUAGAGUUGAACUAACUAUCUUUAGCUUUAUA